CUCACCAAAGCACCCAGACGAGCGAGAUGAAGAUUUCCAUCGCCCUCCUCCUCCUGGGCCUGGCAGCCACGGCGGGCGCCGUCAAAUUCGACGUGACGAACGAGGCGUCGAGCACGGCCGGCGGCCAGCGGUUCGACCAGGAGUACGGCGCCGACUACGCCAAGCAGGUGCUGUCCGACGCGUCCUCCUUCACCUGGGGCAUCUUCAACCAGCCGGACCCCUCCGACCGUAGGCCCGCCGACGGCGACACCGUCACCCUCGCCGUCCGCGACACGGACGGCAUCGCCGCCACCAGCGGCAGCACCGUGGAGCUCAGCGCCCGCUACGUCGGCGGCAUCACCGGCGACGACCUCAAGGAGCAGGUGACGGGGGUGCUGUACCACGAGGUGGCGCACGUGUGGCAGUGGGGGCUGCAGGACUACGGCGCGCACUCGGGGGUCUUCGAGGGCAUCGCGGACUACGUGCGGCUCAAGGCCGGGUACGUGCCGGGGCACUGGGUGAAGGAGGGCGGCGGCGACCGGUGGGAUCAGGGGUACGACGUGACGGCCAGGUUCCUGGACUACUGUGACUCGCUCAAGCCCGGCUUCGUGGCGGAGAUGAACGGCAAGCUCAAGGACGGCUACAGCGACGACUACUUCGUGCAGAUCCUGGGGAAGAGGGUGGACCAGCUGUGGAGCGACUACAAGGCCAAGUAUCCUGGGGUGUAGUUAUGUUUUUUUGGGGGUAAAAAUAGUGAUUCAAAAAUAGUUACGUUGUCGUGAGCUGAAUCACGUUGUACGUACAUAAGCAGGUGGGCUUAUUGCGGGACUGUGGUAUUGUCUACCGCGGUACGUAUUAUGUAUUGCCUGACCUAAUGGAAUAAAAUUUGGUACUUCACUGCC